GAACAAUCCUCCCAACAUUCUGCCAUCUAUAUAUCAAUACCAACUCCCUCUUCCUCAUCAUCAAGAAAUUAAAAACCCAAUCUUUAAGAGAAAUGACAGGCGGCGGCAGAGGAAACGAGUUCCAAGACAUGCUGCCGCUGAUGGCGGACAAGCUCGGCGGAGAAGGGCUGAUACGGGAGCUCUGCAACGGAUUCCGGCUGCUGAUGGACGGCGAGAAAGGGGUGAUUACCUUCCAGAGCCUGAAGAGGAACGCCGCGGUUUUGGGGCUUCAGGAAUUGAGGGACGACGAGCUACAGAGCAUGGUGAGGGAAGGGGAUAUCGACGGCGAUGGGGCUUUGGAUGAGAUGGAAUUCUGCGUUCUUAUGUUCAGAUUGAGCCCGGAGUUGAUGCAGGAAUCUGAAGCUCUGCUUCAUGGAGCUCUGGAACAGGAAGAAGAUGAAGGGGUUGCUUCUUCUUGGUUUGGUUGCAGUUAACUUAUAAGCUGAAAUCGAUGAGAUUGAAUGAUUGAAUGACUGUAAUGUAUUAAUAGUUUAAUACUCCCCUUUUCUUUUCUGCUGAAACGAUAAAAUGAAGGAGAUAGAAGAAGUUGGGGUAUUUAGUUCUCUUUCAAGAAUGAAUGAAAGUUGACAUUUUUUUCUCCACAAUUUUUAGCUACUUUUCUGCACAAAUUUCAACCACACAGUUUUUACUUAAUUAAUUCACGUGUAAGUCAACAUUGGUCAACGAUUUUGGGACGUAGGGAGUAUGAUUUAGUCCGUGGUCC